AAUGUAUGCAUAUUCAGACAAAUUAAUUUUAAAAACCUACACUAUUGUGGUAAGUUGGAUGCUGCAGAAAUAUUCCCAGUGCAUGGCCCACAUUGCUGUGACUAUUGCUACUGGUAAUUAUGCACAGUUGUUUAACUGGCUGAUUCGUUUCUCCAAAUGAAAUUCUGAAAUGCUCCUUCAUGCAUACACUUAUAGGGGUGUGUCUGCUGGGCGCAUUCACUAAAGGUACCGCAGCAGCGCUGGGAGUGGGACUCAGUUCGGGGACCUUCAAGCUACCUGUGUCGGUGUCCUUCCCCGCUUCGCUGCUUAGUGCCCCAUUGACGCAAUUUAAUGUCGUUUUUCCUCGCGUGGUAGUGAAUGGCAUCUUUCUCCAUUACAACCAUUCGAUCUUUGAGUUUCCAUGGAAACAGCGCCCGACACCUCCCUGACCGCCGGACGCCUCUGCGCGCGCCGUUAAAGGCUCGCGGAGCCCCGCGCGGCUGUAGAAGGCGGGCUCCUCGCGCCCGUGUGGGACCUGCGGCUUUAUUUUAAACUUCGGAAACGAGCCGCUGGUAGAACGACCUGGGAACCCCAUUAAAUACGCCAAUUUCUUCUUUUUCAAAGUGUUGCCAGGUUUGUCAUGUCAUCCCAGAAGUCUCCAUCUGCAGAGACUCAGGAAAAAGUAGGACUGAAGAGGAAGCUGACCGGUCCUCCAAGACUCCUGUUGAGCAAAUCCAAGUCAAAAGGCCCCCACAAGGAGAAAGAAUACAGUACAAAUAACACUACUGGCUGUAAUGGGACUCAGAGGGGAUCCAUGUCAGAACAUCGGUUGGCCAUCAGAGAAGAGUCACUAAGGGCUGCAUCUGAAGAUCCUGAGAGAUCCACAGAAGAGUGUGGAGAAACAACACCUAGAGAUCCAGCUGGGUUGUCUGGAGGCCCUGUCAUCUCAGAAGGUAAAAUGGGAGAAGAACACACUAACAGCAAACAAAAUGUGAAAAAACAUGUGAAACCGAGGGGUUGGAAAAACUGUUGCUACCCUUCUCUCAUUUGCCUAAGAAGAAAGCCAGGAAAGCUAGAAAAAGUGUUGGCCAAGGAAGGGGAUCAGUGUGCUGGAAUCAGUUUCUGUGAAACACAGUCCAGGAGCUAUGUAGACUCUGGUGAAGACAAUGUUAAGGGAGAUGCAGUUUCUCUAGUGGGGACAAAGUCAGAGGUUACUGUUUGCACCAACACUUCUGGUACAAAAGGAGACAGAUUCACAGCUGGAAAAUGGGGGACUUUUAAGAGACUAUUAGGUACAACCAAAUAUGCCCCAGAGACCAAAGGAGGUCUUCCACGGCAGGCGCCUCCUUUUGAACCUGAGAAAAGUCCCCAUUCACAUUUUUCCUUCAGGAAUAAAUUAGGCACUCUCUUAAAGAACAGAAACAAAAAGCCUUCUCCUUUCUUCCAGGAGAGAUUUGUGGAAAGCCAUGAAUACAUAGAGGAGGAGAACAUAGUUCUUUCAAACAAGUGUGCUGAUGAUCUUAUGCCAGACACAGCUCAUGUUAUCCAAGAGGGAGGAUAUUUGGAGGGGGGGGAAAUGUGCAGAGGGCCAUGCUCUGAAAUGCUGACUGUGAGCGUGGAGGUAACUGCCAUAGCUUUAGGGGGCAAAGAAAGCCGAAACCUCCCAGAACUAAGCAUGAGCUCUCUGGAGCCUGAGGAUCACACACCCACUCAAGGUCAGAAGCAAGGUGGAGGAAAAUCAGCAGAAUAUGCAGAGGAAAGACUAGAUUCAAUUAAUGGGAUGUUGAGAGUAGUGGAUGCUUCAGAGAUUGGAGAUGCUGCAAUACUUGUGCCAAAUGAUGUAUUGUUGGAAGAGAAAAAGGAAACACUGGUUCUAAAGAAAGAUCUAAUCUCAAAUGUACCAGGCAAAACAGACAGGGAUUUCAAAGAAGCCCUGCUACAGGAAACGGGACCUGUGACUGAUAAAUGCAGGGAUUUAGUGGCAGAGUCUCAUGACUCUGAGGAAUAUGACAGUGUAACAGAAGUAAACUCCCCUCCAAACAGUACGGCAGGUGAAAGCAGUGUGCAAGAUGACUUGCCCUUGAAAAAUGUGGAGUUUGACUGUGCAGUAUGUUGUGAGGAAAUUAAUGGGGCUGUAAAAAACAUUAGUGAUGCUUCCCCUAUAGAGAACCUCCAGUCUGGUGACAGUGGCUACCAGUCAGAGCUCAGUGCUGAGAAACUUGGUCCUCAAUGCAAUGAGAUGUUACUUAGGCAGACUGCAUAUAGUCUGGUUCAGGCAGCCAUAAAGGCUGCUCUGGAUCAGCUUGAGGGGGAGCUGAAGAACAGUACAGUAAGCACCCACAGAGAGCUGCAAGAGCUUCAGGGUCAGGCUUAAACCUUCUGUGUCCACACCAGGAUGAUUUGUCCUGCAGGUUAAAUAAACAUCUCCAGAGUUUAUCCAUUUCUGUUCCCCGGCUCUGAGGACUAUCAGACUGGAUUAAAUUAACUUCAGAAUGCCCUGGAACAAAUCUGUUUUCUUCUGCUUAUUAUUAGGGACAGUUAUGAAAAACCGUGACACACCACUCCAGUUGAAUUAAUUGGAAGACAUCGGAUUUUCAUAGUCACAGGAUAUGUCCCUUUCUGCAAAUACCCUUCUAUAGACCAAUCAGCCACAACAUUAAAACCACCUGCCUAAUAUUCUGUAGGUCCCCCUCAUGCUGCCAAAACAGCUAUGACCUGUCGAGGCAUUGACUUCAUAAACCUCUGAAGGUGUCCUGUGGUAUCUGGCACCAAGAUGUUAGCAGCAGAUCCUUUAAGUCCUGUAAGUUGCAAAGUGGGGCUCACGUGCCCAUUGUAGACACUUUCGACAGUGGACUGGGGUCAGCAUGGGCUCUCUGACCGCUCUGCUCAGCCCCAUACGCUGCAAGCUGCGAUGCACUGUGCUUUGACACCUUUCCGACAUGGCCAGCAUUAAGGUUCUCAGCAGUUUGUGCUACAGUAGCUCUUCUGUGGGAUUGAAACAGAUGGGCUAGCCUUCACUCUCCACGGGCAUCAAUGAGCCUUGGGCGCCCAUGACCCUGUUGCCGGUUCACCGGUUGUCCUUC